UCUUUCACUCGAUUAUAUUCGCUCUGCUGUUCUGUUAUUGAGCUGAGGAAGCUUUACGAAAAUUAUUAAAAUUUUAUUGGAAAUUAAUUGUGAGUAAUGUUGGAUUGGUACUAAUUUGUGUAUGUUUGUCAAAUCAAAUGGAAUUCAAUGUGAAGAAGUAAUUUUUUAAAUGAAAAUAACCAAUUUCUUGAGUGACCGAAUAAAAAUUUCACUGCGACUCCCAUUUUCGGUUAGGGUCGUGCCUCGCGUAUUAAAUGUAUGUGCUUAAAAGAGAAAGCCAUAACUAGCCAAUGUAAUUUGGCAAGUGUGUGUAUGAACGAGAAGACAAGUGUUGUUUUUUUCGUUUUAGUGUAAAGUUGAAGAAAAUUUUUGAGCAAAGAAUUUAAUAAUGAGAUAAUCUUUGUAUUUAUCCAAAUAACAUCAGCAAAGUGAAAGAAAAGCCAAACAAAUUGAUAAUUGUUGAGAUAAUUAAUUGAAUUUCCUAUAAAUGUAAUGAGUAAGUUCGUGUUAUGUGGCUAAAUAUCGAUAAGUCGCAACAGCUGAUGCACUGGUGCGUUUAAAAAUCUUUAGUGGCAAACCCCCACGCCGGUGUGGGCUUAUAGAGCAUAGCAGUAAGCACUAGAAAAACACCAAAGAGUGUGUGAUUCACAGGUUUUAAGCAGGCGUAGCACCUUUCCAAAACUGCUACUAUACCUUAAAUACUGCUUUAUUAAUUGUGGAAUUUGUUUUGGCUAAUAUAUAUGUACAUACAUAUAUAUAUAUAAUAUUUUGUGUCUAUGUAACGUGUGAAAGAAAGUUUCGUUUAGGAAGGCUUUUUUGCUUUCGUUUCCAUAUAUAUUUUUUGUUGUUGCAUGAAUCGAAGGAUUGGAUUGCUGUUGUCUUCUUGUGGAUUAUUGUGUGUGCUCGUGGCUAAGCAAAAGACGACUGCGACAACCACGACCACGACCACAACGAUCGCAACGAGGUCUAUCGGAUUGUCGGACGCAUUGCUACUUGAAAAGACCCACUGCUGCUGGUGCUGUUUGUUGGGUCACUUAAGGAAGUCUGAACAGUCAGUCUCUGUUCUGGAUAUUCGUAUUGUAAUUGCAUGAUGGAUGCUGGACAGCAAGAAACUAGACAGGCACAUCAGCGUGCUUCCGUUAAGUGGCUACUAGCCAAAGCAUUCAACAAUAAUGUUCCAGAUAAUAUACGUGAACCCUUCUAUACGGAUCAUGAUAAUCAAGAACGUUUAAAACCGCAAAUUGUUGUGGAAAUGGGCAAUGCAACGCUCUACUGCCAGACACUAUCGAAUAUAUAUUCGGAUCCGAAUUAUCAAAGUCUGAAUCAUUGGUCCAUAUUGCAGACACUAUCACGCAAGGGUGUGCCAGUUGCUGAGUCACCAGAGAUGCCAUUAACCGAAACGGUUUUGAUACAAACGAAUCCUUUAAGGAUAAACGCCCACAUGUCCGUGAUACAAUCACUAAUGACGCUUUAUGCUAAAGAAAUAACUUCAGGCGAACGCAUAGCAAAUGCCGUUGCAAGAAUUACGGGCACAAAUGGUCAAACUCUACCACACGAUCAACCCUUUGAUCAACUGCUCUUGUUGUGGAUCUCACAUGCGUGUACAUCGCUGAAGAAACGCAUAGCCAGAGAAGUUGAAUUGGGCGCAACGGAUGAGAAUGGCGUUCGUAUGCAAGUGCCCAACAUUCCUGCCGUACAUGAUUAUCAAAGUUUAUGUGAUGGCGUUUGUUUAGCUUUAUUUAUAUCGUAUUAUUGCCCAAAAGCACUACCAUGGACGUUAGUGCGAAUUAAUUAUUUACCAGCGGUGGAGGAUUCCAUACACAAUGUGUCUUUAGUCAGCAAUUUUUGUCAAAAACAUUUGCCAUAUAAUGUGUUCCAUAUGAAUCCGGAAGAUGUGACAUAUAUGCGAAACUCAAUGAAGUUGAAUUUAGUUGUUUUACUAGCGGAUUUAUUUCUACUAUUCGAAAUUCAUCCAGCAAAAUGUGUUUGUUAUCCCGGCAUGGAUGCGCCAGAGGUCAUCAGUAAACGUAACUUUGGCGUUAAUGAGCAUGGAAUAUGUCAUCGCAGAGGUCUCACAAUGCAGCCAGUCAUACCAAUACCAGAUUUGAGAAGCGAUUCUGAUUCGAAUUAUGGCUCGCCAACGAAUCGACCGCCAUUUCAAGUUUCUUAUUCGGCCUCCGCGGAUGCAGUAUAUGGAAAUAAUACUGCAACAUUAAGAAAUUCGGAAAACGAAGCAUUUGUUGUUCAUAAAUCACGUGGCGUCACAACCCUAUCGUCGUUGCACUCACAACAACACAGUCAACAACAACAACAACAGCAACAGGAGCCAUUGGUUCCAGCACGUUUGCGACAAUCGAAAGAAAAGUCAAAUAUCGAGACAAAGGCUGAUGAAAGAGGUGAUUACGUACCGGCGGGCAGACCAAGCAAUUGGGAGCACAAUCGACGUCCCAGUUAUGCAGGACGACGUUCACGCCGUAACUCAUCCAGCGAAGACUCACAAUUGACAAUUGAGAAUUUCGGUGGCUCUCAAGAUCAGUUGAAUGCAGUUGGGCGUUUUGAGCGUGAACGUGAUCGGGAGCGUGAUCGCGAACGAAAGCUCUCCAAUGUCAGCGUGGAACCCGCUGUCGCCGUACGCUCGUCCAUUGCUGACGCACGUGGCACGCUGCAGCUUGGUUAUGAUACCGAUUCCGGUUCGGAAAAGCAGGAUCGUGAAACCGAGAAAUAUUUAAUGAAACGGCAUGCAAGCACCGAUAAUGUCAAUAUGCAUGCCUCUAAUACUCAACUAAAUAGCAUUAUGAGUACUGUUAGCAGUCCCAUGCCUACCACACGUAGACAACAUCCCAUGGAAAAAGACAAUCUGGAUGAACAAUAUGCGGAACGUAAAGAUAGUAGCACAAAUGAUUAUGAGCAAACGUUGACCAGACGUUCAACGCAAAGUUCUGGUUCGAGUAAAGUGGAGGCUUGGAAUAAUAGUAAAAUGGAUCCCUAUGACGAUGAUAUACGUACGCUAGAAAAUGCUUCCAAAUUGUCCAAUAUACGCAUGAAACUCGAGGAGAAACGCUUACGCAUCGAACAGGAUAAGCGACGUAUUGAAAUGGCAUUGUUGCGUCAUCAGGAGAAGCUCACACGCGAGGAUAUGGAUACCUCAUCGGAGGUUUUGAAAUGGGAGACAUUAAGUAACGACUCUAAUCGUACGCCAGAUCUUGAUCCACUCGACUUGGAUAAGUAUCAGCAAAGUCUGGCUAUUAUGAAUAUGAAUUUACAGGAUAUUCAACAGGAUAUACAAAAGCUAACAGUGCAACAAAAUCAAAUACAAGCACAACAAUUGCAAGCGCAACAACUGAUGCACGCACAGCAUAUGGCGAACAUGUUGAAUCAGCCACCGUACGGCUCACAACAACAUCUCAGCGAUAAUUUCAAUCAAAUGCAAAUGCAACAACAGCAACACAAUUUCGGUUCAACACCACAUCUAGCACAUUCCUCAUUCAAUCCACAUGCCAAUCUCUACAACUCACGUCCACCCAGUCGUGAUCCCUAUCAACAGCAGCAACACCAUCAGCAGCAGCAACAACAACAACAACAGAUGCCAUCAAUGCCAAUGCAAUACAUAAACGAACAUGGCCAAUAUGUGCCUCAACCGCAGCAGCCACAACAAAUGCCGCCUAUGAUGCAGGCAAAUUAUAUGCAACCACAAAAGAUGUAUAACGAUAAUAUGGUUCCUUACAACAACCACGUGUACGGUGGCCCACCGCCACCACAACAACCACAAUAUGCGCCACAUCAUAAUCAAACACCUCCCCAAUAUAUGAAUCGGGCCAGCAUGUAUGAUGAUUAUGGCCGUGAUCCGAGCUCACCACAACCGAAUCCAAUGUAUCCACAUGAAAUGUCACCUCAACCAACGCAACCACAACGACGUACUUGGAACCAAUCAGUAUAUGAACAACAGCAACAACAACAGUACCAACACCAGCAGCAGCAGCAACAGCAGCAGCAGCAAGCACCAUUGGUGGAUGUGAAUGCAUGGCAACAGCAGAAGCAGCGUUCUUGCCUACCCAUGGAGGGCAACUAUACUUGGAAGAAGCCCAAUCAAAUGAGUGGUAAUAGUGGACGUGAAGGUUUUGUGUUGCAUCAAAAUGAUGGUGGUGGCGAGUAUCAGCAUCUCUUCCGUUCCUCACCGCAACAUAUGCAACAUAACAGUGACAGCGGUGGCGGUCUCCAGCGUCAGCAUUCGGUAACCAAUAUGCCAAUGACAACGAAACAAGCCUCAAAUACAGCGGCGACGUCUUCCUCAAAUUCUUCGGGCGGCCAACAGAUGAGCGAUGAUAUGAUGGCGCCACAGAGUAUAUGCUUUAUUGGCGAUGAAGAUGAUGUUGAGGAGUUGGAGCGUAAUAUAAUUGAAUCAAUGCAGAAUACGCGCAUAGCGGACUAUGCGCAUCAGCAACAACAACUCCAAAUGCAGCACCAACAGCAGCAGCAGCAGCAUUAUCAGCAACACGGCAGUGACGGCAGCUACGAUGGUGGCAAUGAGUUGUUGUCGCAAAAGUUGCACAUAACGAGCGGUAAUCUCACCUAUCGCAUACCGUCACCGUCCAGACCCGCUGUAAAUGCCAAUAGUUUUCAGGAUCCGCGUGAUGUGAAAACUGAAAAGGGCUUCUACAUUUCCUUCGAUGACAACCAACCUAAGCGUCCGAAACCGCCGUUGCGUGCUAAACGUUCACCGAAAAAGGAGCGCAGCAUGGAUAGCACCGAUCAUCAGGUGGUCACCAAAAUGGAGCCACUCAAUCGUUCGCAUAGCAUUAGCGAAGACAACAAUCCGACAUACAAUGGUGGCACGCUGUCGCAUGGUCGGCAAUUUGGUGGCGGCAAUUUAGAUGCGCUUAAGAAUGGCAAUAAAAUGGGUGAAUUUAAUACGGCUACAUAUAACAAGUAUACGGACGCGCCAAUACAUUUACGCCACGACGACCUCAAUAGCCAAAAAACAACGCCUAUAGCGCAACCACGUUCGCCUAUACAUCAAAUCCAUUCAGCGGCGUCGGCCGCGGCAGCAGCAGCGCUUUCGUCCUCACCGCCCAUAACGCGUAGUCAACAAACAGCGAACGCCGUCGCAGCUGCUGGUGGUGGUGGUAGUAGUCAAGCGAAGGCUUUGGUCAUUGGCACCGACGUCAGUAACUUAGAUCGGGAAUCCAUUGACGAGAUGGAGCGUCGCAAGGAGAAAAUUAUGCUACAAUCUUUGCAGCGCCGUCAACAGCAGGAAGAAGCGAAGGCGCGCAAAGAAAUUGAAGCGCAGCGCAAACGUGAAAUGGAGCGUGAGAAGGAAGAGGAGAAAGCGCGCAAGAAAGAGGAACAAAUGGCGCGGCGAGCUGCAAUAUUAGAGCAACACCGGCUCAAGAAGGCCAUCGAAGAGGCCGAACGAGAGGGUAAAACACUCGAUCGCGCCGAGCUAAAUAUGAAGCAAACAACGCAAAAUACAACAACGCCACGUCUGCGUCAAACGCGCCUCACGCGUCCACGUCCAAAAACCAUACAUGUGGAUGAUGGUUCCGUGGAUUUGAGUGAAGCAUCGAGUAUUUCUAGUCGUAGUAAAAAAGGUUCUAGUACCAAUCUUACAGCCUAUGGUACGUUGAGCAAUUCCAACACGUUGAGACGAGAUUUUUAUAGAGGCUCGCACGAUUCUCUAACAGUUAAAGAAUCACCUGAUGAAUACCCAAGCACAAGUUCAACACCGAUUGGGCGCAGGGGAUCAUAUAAAGCAUCAAGAGAACCAACCGUCGAUCGAGGCCGCUCACGUAUAUCUGUAGCUAAAGGAAGUAGCCUUAAUUUCCGUGGUCGCAAGUCGAAUUCGCUAAUGAAUCUGUGUGAUACAGAUUCGGGAUUGGGUCGUGCCACACCGCCACGCCGUGCUCCAUCGCCGGGUAUGGCCUCAGGUAGGCAUAUGCCAUCACCAUCGGGACCGGGCUCACUGCCACCAGGUUUGAUAUCGAAACGACGCGGCUUCGAUGAUGGAUCGGGCCUACUUGCAGCCAAUCUUGGCUCAAUGGAAUAUUCGGGUCCAAAACUCUAUAAACAACCAGCCGCCAAAUCGAAUCGUGGCAUCAUUUUGAAUGCCGUCGAAUAUUGCGUUUUCCCCGGUGCGGUGAAUCGUGAAGCCAAACAAAAAGUACUCGAGAAAAUUGCACGUUCCGAAGCGAAACAUUUCCUUGUGCUCUUCCGCGACGCCGGUUGCCAAUUCCGUGCGCUGUACAGCUAUGUGCCCGAAAUGGAUCAGGUGACAAAACUGUAUGGCACUGGACCUAGUCAAGUGGAUGAAGUCAUGUUCGAUAAGUUCUUCAAAUACAACUCAGGCGGCAAAUGUUUUUCACAAGUCCACACGAAACAUCUAACAGUCACCAUCGAUGCAUUUACAAUACACAAUUCGCUGUGGCAGGGCAAGAAGGUGCAUUUGCCAAGUAAAAAGGAUAUGGCGUUGGUUAUAUAAAAUGCGCAUAGUGUAUGCUAGCCAGCCAGCCAGACAGCUAGACGGUCGCACGCACGAUAAACACACACACACACACAUGCACACAUGCGCAUUUACGGAGGAAGGCAAUGCUUGUGCUUGUCCGGCUGCGAGUGUGUGUGUAUGUUUUUUUUUUUUUUUUUUUUUUGGAAAAAAUGAAAAAUGGCUAAAAGCGAGUUAUGCAUGGAAAUUUGUCAACAACGCUAAUGUGUAGCUGUAAACUGUUGGUUAGAAAGUUACAUAACUACUUAUAAAGUAUAUAAAUUAUAUAUAAAUUAUACAUUUGAUUGAUGAUGAUGAUGAUGUUCAUUCAUUAAUUAGCAAUGCGAAAGGCAAAAGCAGAGAAAUACGAACAAAAAACAUAAAAUUUAUAAAUAAUUUAGCAAGUAAAAAAAAA